AUGCUGGAAGGAGAAGCUGAGCAUUGGUGGCAGGGGAUACAGCAACUGUUGCAACAAGAUGAAGGUGAUAUCCCUUGGGAUACUUUUACGGAUGAAUUUUAUAAGAAGUAUUUUCCGAGGGCAGCUCGUGAUGCUAAGGAGAUGGAACUUAUGCAACUGAAACAGGGUAACACAACUGUUGCAGAAUAUGCCCGUAAGUUUGAUGACUUGUGCCGUUUCUCCAAGAUUUGUCAAGGGAAUCCUGCUGACUUUGAAAAAUGGAAGUGUUUGAAGUUCGAAGGGGGCCUUCGUGAGGAUCUGAUGAGUUCAGUAGUUCCAUUAGAGAUACAAAAUUUUGCUGAACUGGUGAAUAAAAGUAAACUAGUGGAAGAAUGUUCGAAAAAGGUGGCGAUAGCUCGAGCAGAUCGUAGGGAAGCCUUAGGAAGAGACUAUAUUCAAUAUCUAGCCCCUCAAGGUCGUAACUUUAAGUUCAAUGGUCAAAUCGAUCGCCAAAAUAGGAAUCAACGAAAUGGUAACUUUCUCGCUCGUAACAAUGGCAACUACGACAACAAUAAUCGGGGAGAGGAAGAAGGAGGUCAAUCUCAGCAAACUCAGGAUAUUUCAGUAUGCUCAAGGUGUGGGAAGGAUCAUGGAAAUAGAGCUUGUAGAUAUGGGACACACAUUUGUUUCUCUUGCGGAGAGUAUGGACAUAUAUCGAGGAAUUGCCCAAAAAGGUUUGUUCGAAAUCCAGCUAGGCCACAACAACAAGGAAGGGUUUUUACCGUAACUGCUGGCAACACUAAUGCAUAUAAUUCUUCCACUCGAGGUGAGUACCACACUAUGGUUUUGUUUGUGUUAGAUAAUACUAUAACUUCUUAUGUGCAUGUUAAAUUUUGUGGGCAAAAUUUUCUUUAA